AUGGCUAGAAAGAAGUCGGCUGCCAAAAAGGCCAAAGAACAGGCGGAAAAGACUAAAAAUGUCACUGAACCUGUAGCAGAGACUCCUGUGUCCAAAAAAGUUGAAAUUGAGCUGGCCAAGGAUGAAAGAGCAGGCUCCUCCGACGAUUCCUCAUCGGAAGAUGAGGAUGAGUACGGUGAAUUGUUGACUGAAAACGUCGAGGAGCUGAUUCAACAAGUCAUGAGUGCCCUUAAGUCCGAUCCUAAGAAGCUUUUGGAUCCUGCGGUCAAAUUCUUCGACGAGACAGAUGUCACCUUGACUAAGAAGAAUGGCGAUAAGCCCAUGUACUUGAAGGACUACCACAGAAUGAAUCUCCUUUCCGGGGACUACAAGAACGAUGAUGACGAGAACGAAUAUGGAACCGUUGAUGGUGAAAAGCCUUAUGCUGUCGCCGAGAGAGAAGAGAGAAACAAGUUGAUUGACGACAUCAAGAACGCUUUCAAUGAUGAUGACGCCGAAGAUGAGGACGAUGACGGAUUCCUCAAGAAGAAAGAAAGCUCAAAGAUUGAGUCUGCUCUGGCCCCAAAGUUGCCUGAUCCAAAUACUAACUCUGAAGAGUUCUUGUCUUCAUUCAUUAAUAGCCAGGCAUGGAUUCCGAGCAAAGAUGACAAGGUCAUCAAUUUGGAUGCAAUUGACCAGGAGGAUGAACAAGAUUUCGAUGAUGCCGUUGAGAACUUCGAAAAAGCCUACAACUUCAGAUACGAAGACCCAAACUCGGCAGAAAUUGUGUCGUAUGCCCGUACCCAGGCCACUUUGAGAAGAGGCAAAACCAACUCUAGAAAACGUGCUAGAGAUAAGAAAAAUGCAUUGAAGGAACAAGAAAAACACGAGGUUGAGCAGGCUCUCCAGAAAAAGAAGGUGACCAAAAUGAACAAGGUCAUGGACCGUCUCGCUAAAAUUAAGGAGGCUGUUGGAGACGAUGUGGACGACAAAGUCAUUGAGCGCGUUUUCGGUGACUCUUUGCUAAACGAUGACUUCGACGAUGCUGACUGGGACGGUAAAAUGUCGGAGAUUUUCAACGAACAAUACUACGAUUCUGAACUAGUCAAGCCUGAGUGGGAUGAAGAUGAUGAGAUCAUGGCGGGUUUCCACCUGAAAAAACAGCAGGGUGCCGAAAACGACGAGGAGUUCGAUGAAGAAGCCAUGGAUGUCGAAGAGGAGGCCCCAGAGCAGGGAACCGAAGAACCAGCAACCAAGAAGUCUAAGAAAGACAAGUUGAAGGAGAAGAAGUCUGCAAAGAAAGAGAAGGAAUCCUUGAAGGAUAAAGCAAAGAAGAUUGUGGAAGCCAACACCAAUAAGAUUCAAGAAGAAGUCGAGGAGGAAAGAGGCCGUCUGAAGUCUGACGAUGUCAAAUUCAAAUACAGAGAAGUCUCGCCCGAGAGUUAUGGCUUGACUACCAGAGACAUCUUUUUGGCAGAUGACCAGGAGCUUAAUCAGUACUUCAGUAUUAAGAAGUUUGCGCCAUAUAGACCAAAGGAAUUGGCCAUGAAGGACAAGAGAAAGCACACCAAGAAGAAGCAAGUGCAACAUUGGAGAUACAACACCUUUAGAAAUGUCAAUGGACCAGAGAGACAACCAAAUGAAAAGGAGGAUGAAAUCUGGAUUCCAAUCGAUGAAGAGGCCACCAAAACGGUGAAAAAGAGCAAGAAAUAA